ACAGAUCCCAUUUUUGAAAUCACGUUUCAGUCCUCCAGAUUCAUCUAGGAUCGGAAAGAAAGUUGAGCAACAUGAUGAAGGGGGUAAAGAAUUACCUGAGGAUGCCCACUGAUCCAACUAUAUCAGAAGCAACAUCCAAGUUGAUCAAUUCAGAUUUGAAAGAAAUCGGAGAUGCCACCAAGAAACUGGCUGAUCAUGUCAUCAAGCUCGGAGUCAGCGGUGGUUUGAUUACUACCAUCCUUCAAUGGUUCGCGUGCUUUUCCGCCAUUUAUUUGCUGGUACUGGAUCGAACAAACUGGAGGACGAAUAUGCUCACUUCACUCUUGGUCCCUUACAUCUUUUUAACCUUUCCUAAUUGGCUCUUCGGAAUUUUGAGAGGAGACAUCGGGAAAUGGAUCACCGUCGUCGGAGUUAUAUUGCGUCUCUUCUUCCCUAAUCAUUUUCCAGAUUAUUUGGAGUUGCCGGGAUCUCUGGUCCUUUUGGUAGUGGUAGCUCCGAGCUUCUUAGCUGGGUAUGUAAGAGCAGGGUGGAUAGGCGUGAUUAUCUGUCUAGCAAUCGGGUGCUAUCUUCUCCAAGAACACAUCAGAGCUUCCGGAGGUUUCAGGAAUGCAUUCACCAAGAGCAACGGCAUUUCCAACACAAUCGGUAUCGUUCUCUUGUUCGUCUUCCCCGUCUGGGCAUUGAUCGGCUUAAUAUAAUCCAACACCUUGUGUUGUAUUGUAUUAUAAUAAUAAGGUGUUUUUGUAUAUCAAUCCUUCUUUCCUUUCUUUCAUUUGAGGUGUGUGAUUGAGACUCCAUAUGUAAUUUGAGACCCCUUUGUUUAUUUAAUUAGAACAACACCAUUAGUUUGCAUUCC